CGGAAAAUGAUAAUUGCAGUUUUUUUUCUAAGAGUAAUUCUUGUAGUCCAAUUGUUAUUUUACAAAUUUUCCAUUUCAAAUCUUAUCGGAGGUUUUUAUGACAUACAGUGGAAAAAAGACCAAAAUGCAUGCACGUUUCAUUACAACAGUGGUAUAAACUUUAUUGACUGUAUUGAAGAAUGUCUUCGAAGAAAAAGAUGUGUGUCGGUCAAUUACUCGAGAAGCAAACUUUUCUGUGAAAUAAAUGAACUAGCAUCGUAUUUGUCUUGCCCUCUCGUCCAAAGUGUAGAGGCCGAUGAUUUCAUCUUCAGUGAAAAAAGCUCCUGGGAUUCAAGAAUUGUUGGAGAUUGUUCGUCAAAUCCUUGCAACUUUAAUGAAAUAUGUGUUUCUGUCAACGGGAUUAAGGGAUUUACUUGCGGAAUGUCAGAUUGUGGGUUACCUCCUUCGUUCUUCAAUGCCGAUCUUAAAUCUAAGAAUGAGCAGGUGGGCUCCAAAAUCACCUACAACUACAACUACAAAGGUGAUCAAAAUCCAUUUGGGGUAAAUAAUGACGAAGUGCAUUUCCAAAUGCUGUGUCAGGAUGGAAAUUGGGAGUUUAUUUCAAAUGCCAGCUCCUCUCCGUGUCAAUACCCUGGACUUUUUACCUCGGUGAUAGAAAUGACACUCGGGAUAACAUCGUUCCUUGUACCAAGAGUUUUCAAACAUGGGGAGGAAUGGUUGGUUAUUCAAAGAAGAUGCAAUGGACAAGUGCCUUUUAAUCGGUCUUGGCAGGAAUAUAAAUAUGGAUUCGGGCACUUGGAGACUGAGUUUUGGAUAGGAAAUGAAAUUAUUCACCAGCUCUCCAUUAAUGGAUACGAAACGCUUGGAGUGGAAGUCUAUGCUGAUCAUCUUUUAAAUGCUGGUUACUAUCGAUAUUUCUCUGAGUAUGAGUUCAAAGUAGAUUCAGAAGUGAGAAACUAUCGAGCACAGUUUAACUUCCUAACAGGAAAUCUUUCCGAUUCUCUAACAUACUUCAACGGAAUGAAUUUUUCCACGUGGGACAAAGACAACGACAACCACACUACCGCAAACUGUGCCGCAAAUCACCACGGCGGGUGGUGGUUCGGAUCGUGCCACCCGGCAAAUCUUAACGGAUUGUAUGGUGUCCACCAAACAGUUGGUCUCUCCUGGUGGGUGGAUAGAGGCAUCUGGAUUUAUCCUACCCACACCAUGCUUAUGAUGAAGAAAAACUCACAUAACAUUUAA